AUGUCUAAUAAAACCUAUUUUAUUGGCAUUUUCCCAUUAUUUUUAAUCAACAAAUGGACUCAAAGAGUAUCUUCAAAUGUGGUGUCCAUUACUAACGAUGACAGUAUAGGUGCUGGUAUUGAUAGGACAUCCCUGACCUCAAAUGCAAUCAUUCAGAUUUUGCUUCAAUUCGGUGGCGGAGUUCUGUUCGCUACUGUUUUUACUCAUUUAUUGCCCGAAAUCAAAGAAAAUUAUGAAAAUUAUAUCAAAAGUAAUGUUUCUUUAUUUAAGACAAACGAUGAAACUCAUGAAAAGUCAUCAGAAAUACCUAUCGUUGAAAUUGCUAUAUGUUUGGGAUUUUUCCUAAUUUUCUUUAUCGAAGAAUUAAUGCAUUUCUUUUUGAAUCGAUUUAAUAAACACCAAAAUAAACACAACAAUUGCUAUAAUAGAGAUUUGAUGUACCGGUGCUCAAGUAUAUGCAGUCAUCUUAAUAAUGAAGAACUAAGUCUUCCAAAUGAGACCAAACCCUUCUCGAGAAACACUUUUGUCAAUUAUGGCGCCGAUCUGUCCAUUGAAACCAGUAUUAGAAAUGUCAAACCAAACAUACUUUCUAAUGAAAUAUUAACAGUUUGUGACACAACCAACAAUUCUUGCACUUCAACAUCUGUUUUGCAAAUUAAUAAUAACUAUAAUAAUAAUAAUAAUAACAUAGAAACUGAAAAAUUAAAUAACGAACCAUCAAUUGUAUUGUUUAUCCGCGGAUUAGUCAUUAUAUUAUCAUUUUCAGUUCACUCUAUAUUUGAUGGAUUAGCUAUUGGUUUGCAGACCUCAUCAUCAGAGUUAUGGUUCAUGUUUUUUGCGAUAUCAGUACACAAACUGGUCAUUGCAUUUGUAGUGAGUCUUCAACUCUUUGAACAAUCGCACCGUUUAUUUCUAGUGGCAAUACAUAUGGCUAUCUUUGCAAUUAUGUCUCCAAUCGGUAUAUUAAUAGUUAUCAUAAGUGAAGAAUCGCUUGUCGGAGAAAACUCAGAAAGUAAUCCAAUUGUUAUUUUGUUGACAUCCAUAGCCACCGGAACUUUACUUUAUAUAAUUUUCUAUGAAAUUCUGCAAAAAGAUCGGCGCGAAAACAUUAAUGGAUUUUUACAAUUAUUCUCUAUUUUGUUUGGCUUUGGAGUUAUGCUUACCAUUAAUGUUAUGAUUUCGGAAUAA